AUUGAGGAUAUAGAAAUAGUUUCAAAGAAAAACCUAACCUAAAAACCGAACCCUUGAACCUAACCUAACUUUACUAAAUAAAGCCAAAGACAAUGCCAACGAACCGGAGCGGGCAACAGGUGCUGGUGGCAAUCACAGUCGACAUAGACGCUCCAGCUCAAGCGCUGUCUGCAUGCACGAUGCACGCUUCUAUCGCAAUCCCAAUCGGCCGGUGCACAAGAUUUGGACGAACAGCGAGUGCGCCAAGUAUUUCUUGUGCCUGGACGGCGAGGUGUUUGAGUUCAAGUGUUCCGAGGGUCUGCUGUUCGAUGUGGUGCGACAGAUUUGUGACUUUAAGGCGAAUGUGGAUAAUUGUGAUAUUAGCGCUGAGACGCCGGCGCCCAAGCCGCUGCUCGAGAUGGCCGACUGUGCGGAUGAGACACAGCUGGGCUGUGCGGAUGGCACCUGCCUGCCGCAGGAGUACUUUUGCGAUGGCUCCGUCGACUGUCCGGAUGGCUCCGAUGAGGGCUGGUGCGAUGUCGAGCAUGAUCCGAAUGCGGCUGGUGCAUGUGAUCCGCGCAAGUGUCAGCUGCCGCAUUGCUUCUGCUCCAAGGAUGGCACCCAGAUACCCGGUAAUCUGCAGGCGCAGACUGUGCCACAAAUGAUAUUGCUGACCUUCGAUGAUGCCAUCAACCAUGACAACUGGGAGCUGUUCUCCAAAGUUCUGUUUACGGCAAAUCGACGCAAUCCGAAUGGUUGUCCCAUCCGGAGCACUUUCUAUGUCUCGCAUCCGUAUACGAACUACCAAUAUGUGCAGAAACUCUGGAACGAUGGACACGAGAUUGCCGUUCAUUCGGUGACUCAUCGCGGUCCAGAGCUCUGGUGGUCCAAGAAUGCCACCAUUGAGGAUUGGUUUGAUGAGAUGGUCGGCCAGGCGAAUAUUAUUAACAAGUUUGCCAGUGUGCGCAUGGAGGAGUUGCGGGGCAUGCGGGUACCCUUCCUGCGCGUCGGCUGGAACCGUCAGUUUCUCAUGAUGAAGGAAUUUGGUUUUGUCUAUGAUGCGUCCAUGGUGGCGCCGCACUCGAAUCCACCACUGUGGCCGUACACGCUGGACUUUAAGAUGCCGCACAGCUGCCUUGGCGCCAAUCAAAAUUGUCCGACGCGCAGUUAUCCAGGCAUUUGGGAGAUCGUUAUGAAUCAGCUGGAGGCGGGCGCUGGCGAAUACACAUGCGGCAUGGUCGACAGCUGUCCGCCGCAUCUAACUGGCGAGGAUGUGUAUCGCAUGCUCACGUACAAUUUUAAGCGUCAUUAUCUUAGCAAUCGUGCCCCAUUUGGAUUAUACUUUCACUCCACGUGGUUCAAGAAGAUUGACUACUUGAAUGCCUGUUUGAAAUUUUUGGAUGACAUGCAAAAGUUGCCGGAUGUGUACUUUGUGACCAAUCAGCAGGCCAUUCAAUGGAUGCGCAAGCCCACGCCCAGCAAUCAGCUGCAUCAAUUCGAGCCCUGGCACUGCCAGCCCAAGCAGCUGGAGCCGCACGAGCAGGUCUGCCAGAUGCCCAACGUUUGCAAGGUGCGCAGUCGCGUGCUUCAGGAGGAUCGCUAUUUUUAUACGUGCAUGGAGUGCCCGGCACAGUAUCCCUGGAUACGCAACGAAUUUGGUCUAGAAUAGCCAAUUGUUUAGU